CUUUCUGUCCCAGGACUUUGAAACUUCUAGUGUGAACACAUGGGGAUGGAAAGUGGUUGGAGAGAAGUGAUUUGAUGUGUUUACCUUAGAGUAGUGAUGCUGGACCACAGCAUCAGUAUCACCUGGGAACUUUCUAGAAAUACAAAUUCCCUGGCCCCAGACUUAGUGAAUCGGGAACUCUUUGGGUCACACAAACAAUAUGUGUUUUAACAAGCCCUCCAAGUAAUUCUAAUGCAAGCUAAAUUUGGAGAAUCAGUGUCCUAGGGAAACUAGAAGUUCCUGCUAGUUGGUUUCUCAGAGCUUCCCUGGAUCUUGUCCUUUUGAAGUCUUCCUUAGAUUCUUUGAUCUCUCCAGUGCCAUUUUAAUUAAAUUCCUUUUUGGUUUUGUUUUGUUUUGUUUUGUUUGAGAGAAUCAGAGUUGCUUUCUGUUGCUUGCGACCUAAAGACCCUGACUGAUGUUCAUCUCUUCUCAUUCAUAGCUGCACAGAACCUUCUUGAACCUUGGGCCUUCAAGCCAUGAAUAGGCCGCACUGGAUCAACUUCACCCUGGUCUUUGUAUUUAGCUUCAGCCUCAACUAUAUGAACUCCAUUCCAGACUGAGGCCCAGCCCAGCAGGACGUCUGUUUAAGCUCCAUUAAAGUCUCGCCUGUUAAUAGUUCAGUUGUCUCCUUCAGUAAUGAGGGCCUUUGUGUCUUCCAAGGCCUCUUUAUAAAAACAUUCAUUUGACUCCUCUUUUUUUCUCAUCUUAGCUCUAAAUCGCCUUUUUAACUAUUCACGACAACCAGUUAGUUUCUAUAUUAGUUAGGGAACAGAAUAAGCUGCUUUAAUAAGGUGACUCAGAAAUACAGGAUACACAUUUGUUUAUAUCUUGUUUAGCAAUUCAGAAGUAGAUGGGUGGUUCAGAGUAAGUACAGGGGUAGGUAAGUGGCUCUGCUCCAAGUAGCCAUUGAAGGACACAGUUUCCUUCUAACUUAUUGCUUUGUCAUCUCCUAGAACACUGUUGAAGUAAGCUCUCCACCACCACGUCUACAUCCCAACCCAUGGGAAAGGUGAAAAAGAGGAAGUAGAUGGCUAACCAGUAAAGUCACUAGAAGGAAGCAAGGGGUGCAGACCGCACUGAAAGACACUGUCAGAGAAGUGACACCAAAAUGACUUUCUAUAAAAUUGUUGUACAGUAUUUCAGUAGAAAUUUAUUAUUUUUUUAAUAAAAAUAUCAUUGUAGUUAGUUAUAACAACAAAAAUAUUUUUCUUAUGCCCAGCUUACAUGUAUCAAUAUAUCUACAGGCUAAAACUCUUUGCUAAUUUAUUUUUGAACCCUCUCGACGGCACCUAACAGCAACAACAACGCCGUCAGAGCUGCCACUAUUACCCAAUUACAAUGAUGGUUCGAGUCACAUGGUUUUGUCCGCGUGGGCUACAAGUACACGCUGUUGUUUUCAUUGCAGCCGGGGUUUUUAGUCACUGAUUUUGUCAGAUUUCUUGGUGUUUUAGCUACAAUAUUGUGGUAAUUAGUAUUUGUGAGCCUAUAUCAAUAAUUUUUUUUUGAGAAUGUAGUAAUUAAAGGAAAAGAAAGGGUGAUAUACGGGAAUUACAAUUUAAGAGUAACAUUGGUACAAAAAACAUUACUAAGAAUUUUGUAUGGUCUGGUAUAGGAGGAGGUCCAUAUGAGGGGAGGGAGUAACACCAUGAGUUACUGCACUGGGUGACACCAACCCUAGUGUGAUGGUUCAGGAUGUGUGUCAACUUGCCUAGGUCAUGAUUCUCAGUGGUUUGGCAGUUAUGGUAUAGUUUGGCAGUCGUAUGAUUUUGUGAUCACUUCCAUGAUAAGAUUUGAUACAAUGUGAUCACCUCCACAAUGGGAUUGCUGUGAGUAGCCAAUCAGUUGAAAGGGAGUUUCCUUGGACAUGUGGCCUGCAUCGAAUAUAAGUAGACAUUCUGGCAAGGCUCAUGGGCUUUUGCUCACUCUGGAUCCUGCAAGUGGCUCCUGUUCAUCUGACCUCCAGUUCUUGGGACUUGAGCUCGCAGCUUACCUGAAGCCUUGCCUGCUGAUCUUGGGAUUCAUCAAUCUUUGCAACCUGUGAGCAAGAGCCCUGCUCUCUGACCUGCCAAUCCUGGAUUCGCCAGCCUCUACAGCUAUGUGAAUCAGGAAAAGCCUCUCUCCAGACUCACAGACUUGGGAUGUUCCAGCCUCUACAACCAUGGGGUAGUUGCGCAUCAAGGUCCUCAGCACAGUGCGAGCCAUCCCAUCCUUCUCCACGACGGACUCUGAGGUUGCGAGAGAGGCGUAACCAGGGGCGGAGCUCCCCGCGCAGCGGAGUGGGCGGGGUCCAAAAGUUUCCCCUCCCCGUGAGGCCUAACCCAAGCUCCCAGCGGCUGCUGAGGGGAAUGAAGUCUAGAUUGUGAGGUGACCCUGGCCGGUUACUUCCGGUUCCUAGGGAUGCGCAUCCGGGUCACGCUAACACCGCCGUUUCCUUCUCUCGCUUGGUUCUGCUGUUGAUCUGGACCGGUACCUAUGUCCUGCUGUGGUGCCUGUGCAGCUUUUGGACUGUGAAGACUGCUGAGAAACUUGCAAUCCUUUCACAUAAGCAUAAAAAGAAAUAUUGGUCCUCAUGGAAGAAGAACAAGAUUUACCAGAACAACCAGUGAAAAAAGUCAAGAUGCAGGAAUCAGGAGAGCAAACUUUAAGUCAAGUAAGCAACCCAGAAGUCAGUGAUCAGAAACCGGAAACUUCAAGUCUCGCUUCAAACCUUACCAUGUCAGAGGAAAUUAUGACAUGCACCGAUUACAUCCCUCGCUCAUCCAAUGAUUAUACCUCACAAAUGUAUUCUGCAAAACCUUAUGCACAUAUCCUCUCAGUUCCUGUUUCGGAAACUGCUUAUCCUGGCCAGACUCAGUACCAGACACUACAGCAGUCUCAGCCCUAUGCUGUCUACCCUCAGGCAACCCAAACAUACGGACUACCUCCUUUUGGUGCAUUGUGGCCAGGUAUGAAACCUGAAAGUGGUUUAAUUCAGACUCCACCUCCAAGUCAACACAGUGUUCUUACCUGCACUACAGGGUUAACCACAAGCCAGCCAAGCCCAGCACAUUAUUCUUAUCCUAUUCAAGCUUCAAGCACAAAUGCCAGCCUGAUAUCCACUUCAUCUACAAUUGCCAAUAUUCCAGCAGCAGCAGUUGCUAGCAUCUCAAACCAGGACUAUCCCACUUAUACUAUCCUUGGUCAGAGUCAGUACCAGGCAUGCUACCCCAGCUCCAGCUUUGGAGUCACAGGCCAGACUAACAGUGAUGCUGAGAGUACCACGCUAGCCACAAGUACGUACCAAACAGAGAAGCCUGCUGUCAUGGUACCUGCAUCACAGAGACUUUCCUCUGGAGACCCUUCUACAAGCCCAUCUCUGUCCCAAACUACACCAAGUAAAGAUGCUGACGAUCAGUCUAGGAAAAACAUGACAGGCAAGAACCGGGGCAAGAGGAAAGCUGAUGCCAGCUCUUCCCAGGACAGUGAAUUGGAACGGGUUUUUCUGUGGGACUUGGAUGAAACCAUCAUCAUCUUCCACUCCCUCCUUACUGGAUCCUAUGCCCAGAAGUAUGGGAAGGACCCAACAGUAGUGAUUGGCUCAGGUUUAACAAUGGAAGAAAUGAUUUUUGAAGUGGCUGAUACACAUCUAUUUUUCAAUGACUUGGAGGAGUGUGACCAGGUACAUGUGGAAGAUGUGGCUUCCGAUGACAAUGGCCAAGACUUGAGCAACUACAGUUUCUCAACAGAUGGUUUCAGUGGCUCAGGAGGCAGUGGCAGCCAUGGUUCCUCAGUGGGUGUCCAGGGAGGUGUGGACUGGAUGAGGAAACUGGCUUUCCGCUACCGAAAAGUGAGAGAAAUCUAUGAUAAACAUAAAAGCAACGUGGGUGGCCUUCUCAGUCCCCAGAGAAAGGAAGCACUGCAAAGACUAAGAGCAGAAAUUGAAGUUUUAACGGAUUCCUGGUUAGGAACUGCAUUAAAAUCCUUACUUCUCAUCCAGUCCAGAAAGAAUUGCGUGAAUGUUCUGAUCACUACCACCCAACUGGUUCCAGCUCUUGCCAAGGUUCUCCUAUAUGGACUAGGAGAAAUAUUUCCUAUUGAAAACAUCUAUAGUGCUACCAAAAUUGAUACGUAGAAGUCAUUAACCAAUUGUUCAGCCUUGGAGACAGCAGAAUGUCUCACUCCAAUCCCUGCGUGACAUGCAUGGUCCUCGGGAAAGAAGGAGCAUGAUGAACACCCCCCUGCCCCUCAGACCCUUCAGCCUACUCCCCUGUUAUCCAAAGGAGAGGGUCCUGGAGUGUGAAGACUGGCUGUGGAUAUGUAUUUUUUAAUCUACUACAUGCCUGUUGAUCAGUUUUCUCCGCUUAAAAAAAUGUCUAAUUAUUGUACACCCCAGGAUUUGUGGAGGUCAUAAGCCGCCAAGUCCUAUUGACAAUUUUUUCUAUUUCUUUUUUCAUUCAUUUAUUCAACAAGUAUUUAUUGAGCACCCUUUAUGUGCCAGACAUUGUUCUAGGUACUGGGCAUAUAGCAGUGAACAAAACAGAUGAACUCCCUGCCCCUAGUGGGAGGAGAUAGUCAAUAAGCAAAUAACUAAAACAUAAAAUAUGUCAGAUGGUGAUAUGUGCCAAGGCUAAAAAUCAAGCAAGGAGAGAAGGUAGGGUCGUCUUUUAAAUAGAAUAGUUAGAGAAGACCUUGAUGAAAGGUAUUAUUUGAGCAAAGACCUAAAGGAGAUGAGGGAGUGAGCCAUUAACAUAAUAUCUGGGGAAAGAGCAUACCAAGGAGAAGGAACAGCAAGUGCAAAAGGUUAGAAGUAUGUUUGAGGAAGAGUAGUGGGAAAUAAGGCCAAAGAGGUUAAAGAAAAGGGUGAGGGAGAUCCUGGAGGGCCUUAUAGAUUAUUUUAAGGACUUUGGCUCUUAUUCUGACAAAAUACAAUGGUACUGUUUUGAACAAAGAGUGACAUAUUUGACCUGUUUUAAACAGAUUGGUCUGGUUGCUCCAUAGAGUCUUGACGAGGAUAGCUGAAAGACAAGUUAGGACGUUAUUGCGAGAAUCCAGUGUGAAAUCAUGGGUGGCUUGGAGCAGGUGGUAACAGUGGAGGUUGAUAAGUAGUCAGUUACUGGAUAUAGUAUGAAAGGAGAGCUAACAGGAUUUGCUGAUAAUUUGGAUGUGGGGUGUAAAAGAAAAAGUCAAGGAUGACUCCAGGGAUUUUGGACUAAGCGACUAAAAGAAUAAAGAUGCUAUUUACUGAGAUAGACAAGACUGUGGAGAAAGAUUAGGAGUUUGGUUUGGGGCAUGCUGAUUUUGAGAUAAAUUAUGAGAUAUCCAAGUGGAAAUGUCAGGUAGGCAGUUGGAUAUCUGAUUCUGGAGAUCAAGGGAGAGGUAUUGGCUGGAGAUAUAAAAUUAGGAGUUCUUCACAUAUAUGUGGUUAUUUAAGCCUGGAUGAAAUCAUAGGAAUGAGUGUAGAGAGAGAAGAGUAGAGGUCUAAGAACUAAGCGCAGGGGCCCUCUACUGUUUAGGUACUUGGAUCAUGAGGAAGAACCAGCACAAGUAUCAAAAGAAGCAGCUGAUAACCCAGGAGGAAAACUGGGAGAAUGGUGUCUUGGAAACCAAAGGGAGGAAGAGUGGUCAACUGUAUCACAUGUUAGUGGUGGAUCAAAUAAGAAGACUGAGAAUUAAUGUUUGUCUUUAGCUACGUGUCAUUAAUAACUUUGACAUGUAGUUUCAGAGGACUGAUGGGGAUGAAACCCUGAUUGGGAUGGGUUUAAGAGGGAAUGGUGAACCCUUGAAGCUGUUGCCUUGAGGUAAUCUUUAAACCUUAAACCAAGAAUAUCUUAAAGUCAUCUUAAAACUGAACAGUAGUUUAGCUUAACUAUUAAAAAAGGUCUGCCUUGAGCAUUAAGCUCUGUCUUAGUUAUCUAGUGCAGCUGGAACAGAAAUACCACAGUGCAUGGCUUUAACAAACAAAUUUCUUCUCUCACAGUUAAGGAGGCUGUAAGUCUGAAUUCAGGGUACCAGCUCAAGGGGAAGGCUUUCUCUCUCUGUUGGCUCUGGGGGAAGGUCCUUGUCAUCAGUCUUCCCCUAGUCUAAGAGCUUCUCAGCACAGGGACUCUGGGUCCAAAGGGCAUGGUCUGCUCUCAGCUCUUCUUUCUUGGUGGUAUGAAGUCCCUCUCCUCUCUGCUCACUUUUUUAUAUCUCAAGAUCCAUCCUAAUCCUGUAGAUUGUCUCCUGCCUCAUUAACAUAGCUGCCUCUAAUCCUGCCUCAUUAACAUCAUAGAUGUUGGGAUUUACAACAUGUAGGAUAAUUAAAUCAGAUCACAAAGUGAACAGUGACACAAUACCAGGAAUCAUGGCCUAGCCAAGCUGACGCACAUUUUGCAGGGGAGACAAUUCAAUCCAUAACAGCUCUUUUAAGAACCAUACGUAUGGGAUCAAAUUGACAACAGAAACUCAAAAGAAUAGAUAAGAACCUUAGGGGGCAGUGAGUUUAUGUUAAUGAGGGUGGAACAACUCAGAAAAGGUGGGUGAGAAUGGGUGCACAACUCAAAGAAUGUUAAUUGUACAUGUAGAAACUGUUGAAUUGGUGUAUUCUGCUGUAUAUAUUCUCAAUAGCAACAACAAAAUAAAGUUGAGAGAAAAAGGGAGAAUGGGAAGAGAGGAGUUGGAGAGGGCAAGGGUAGCCAACUCUUUAGAAGAGGUUUGUUGUAAAGAAGAACAAAGAAUUGAGGCAGUAGCUGGAGGAUGUGUAGGCUUAAGAGGAUCUUUGAACAUAAGGCAAAUUAUAUCUAGUUAAUAUGCAGAUGGAAAUGAUCCACUAAAAAAAGUGAGGAAAAAGUGAUGAUGGAGGAAAGAAAGAAUUAUAAAUGUGAUGGCCUUGAUAGGAAAGAAGGGAUUAUGAAAGUAAUACUCAUUGUAAAAAGAAUAAUUCUUUUAGAAACUAUAGGAAAAUGGCAAGAAACAGAAAAAAUUGUUCAAUUGGCAAAUGUUGUAUUAUAUGUAUUUUUGCCACAAUUAAAAAAAGAGAAGCAGAAAAAUAAUCACAUAAUUCCAAAUCGUUAAGAAACCCAUAUUUUGGCAUAUUUACCUAUAAUUCUUUCGAUUUUAAGUGGCAAAAACUCAAACCAGUUUAAACCAAAAUGGGAAUUUAUUGGUUUAUAUAACUGAAAAAUCCAAACAUGACAUUGACUUCAGGCAUGGAUACAUCUAUAUCUUCAACCAGUGUCAUCAGGAUUCUUUUUUAUGUUUUUGUUCUGCAUUCCUCUGGUGGCUUCAUUUCUCAGGUAGGCUCUCUCUCCGUGAUGGUAAAGAUGGCCCACUGUCUCAGAAGCAAGAGUGCCUCUCUUCUACUAAUUCCAGCAAAAGUGCCAGAGAGGUCUUAAGUUGCUGUGUCCAUCUUUGAGCCAAUCAAUGUGACCAAGGGUAGGGAGUACUGUUGUUGACCAGGCCUGAUUUCACUUGGCUCCACACUCCUGGAGCCAGGAGGUGAUGUCAGCCGCACCAACCAUAUAGACUGAGAAUAGGAAAGAAAUGAUUACCCAGGGAUGCUCUGGGCAAACAAAGAACGUGUUCAUUAUACUGUUGUUAAAUGAAGCUUUGCUGCUUUUCUCCCAAGCAUACACCAAAUGAGUUGGAGUUGCCCCUGUUGAAACUACUCAAUUUCUAAUCAUAGUUGUAGCUGCUCUGAGGAAAAACAGCCCAUCUCUAAAAGUGUGGGUCCCCCAAAUGUAUUUUGAGUGUGCCGUUCGAAGUCAGAUUAUUUCACACAAGCACUCCAAAUUUUAUAGUUAUUUGCCCAGCCCUUUUCACAUGAUGUAGUUACAAGUGGACAGAAAUAUGGUUUUAAAGCCCAUUCGAAAGUUUAACUAUCCCUGUAUUGAGACAUAUUUACUUGCUUUUUUUGUUUGUUUAUUUUAAAUAAUGCUAGAUGAACUUUUCUUUAUAUAUAUUUUGGUCCACAUUUCAGAUUAUUCCCAUGGGAUAGAUUUCUAGAAGGGAAGUCUAAGGGUUAGAACUUUUUAAAGAUUGUUUUUAUAUAUUGCCAAGUAUAUAUACAAACAACCUUAAAAAAAAGCUUAAUACCAAUUUACUUCUGUGGGUGAGCCUACUUCUAAGUAGUCUGCAAGAUAACUUUUUUGCUCCCAAGUGGUAGAAUUAAUUUUAAUACCUCUAGCAUUAAAUAGGAGCCCUGGUGGCACAGCGAUUAAGAGCUUGGCUGCUAACCAAAAGGUCAACAGUUCAAAUCCACCAGCCACUCCUUGGAAACCCUGUGGAGCAGUUCUACUCUAUCCUAACGGGUUGCUGUGAGUUGGAAUCAACUCAAUGGCAGUGAAUUUGGUUUUGGGUUUUUUUAGCAUUAAAUAGACUGCACUCAGAUUUUCAGAUAUGUUGGUUUGGAUUUAAUUAGAAUAGCCAGGGAUACCAGAUGCUAUGUUUUGCUCUUUGGAGAGUAAGAAACUAUAUGUAUUUCAUGCCAUUUCAACACAAACCCAUAUUUGAAUUUGGCUAUAUGCAUAUUCCAUACAAGGCUGUGUGUGUGUGUGUGUGUGUGUGUGUGUGUGUGUACAGUACGUACAUACAAAAAAAAACAGAAAAACCAACCCAUUGCCAUUGAGUCGAUUCUGACUCAUAGGACCCUAUAUGACAGAGUAGAACUACUCCAUAGGGUUUCCAAGGAGUGAAUUCGAACUGCUGAUCUUUUCAGUUGCAGCCAAGCUCUUAACCAAUGCACCACCAAGGCUCUCUCUGUAUAGAUGGAUGGAUGGAUGGAUGGAUGGACUGAUAGAGAUGUUGUUGUUGUUUGGUGCUGUGGAGUUGGUUCCGACUCUUAGUGACCCUAUGUACAACCGGACGAAAUAUUGCCCAGUCCUGCACCACCCUCAUAAUCAUUGUUAUGUUGGCGCCCAUUGUUACAGCCACAGAUAUACAUAGAUAUAUUCAACAUGUAUAUUCUACAUAUGUAAAUAGAGUGCAAAGCAGCUGGUAAAAUCCACGAUAAUAUCCCUUUGUGAGAACAGAAGAGUAUUGAUAUGCUGGUCUUCCUGUUAACUUUCACAUUAUGACAUUUCAGGUACUAUGUCUGAAGUCCAAAGCCAUACUGAGCACUUUUCAGUUUCUCCUUAUUUUUGAUUUUGAGCAUCAUCCAUCCAGUUGCAAGAAGUUGUGCAAAUAAACUAAAUGCAAUGACUGAGGAGGCAUACUUGGACUGUUCUUUUCAGACAAGUCGAAGCCCAGAAGGUUCUGUCCACUGGGAGUCUUCCUGACUUCCCCAAGCAGUUAGGGGCGUCCUCCUCCAUGCAUCCCUUCCUCGAACCCCUUAAAAAUGUUUUGCUCAAGUAUUUAAAAAAAAGGACUUCCACAUAUAGAAACUGUUGAAUUGGUGUAUGUUUUGCUGUAUAUAUUCUCAACAACAACGAAAUAAAAUUUAGAAAGAACUUGAAAAGCUAUAAAAUCACAAAUUUUCCCUCCAACCCUUGACACCUGUUCACCCUGAAGAAGUUACUCCUUUCAUUACUAUUGGCAUGAACAGUAUGCUAUCCACUUUUUAUGCCUCUGGGCCUCAGAGGAAAGGUUCUAAUGCAUUUAACUUCAAGGUGGGGUCCUCUUGAAAUGCAGGAAGCUCAGCAGACCAGAGUUGGAGCCUCAGUGUUGUGUAGGUUGAGCAUUCUCUUAGGUGAUACUUCCUGGAUAUGUUGGUUUUGUAAACUUACUUUUUUUCCCUUUAUUUCUGUGAGUUAAGGCCUGCAAGCAUAAUUAUGGCUUUCCUGUGUGAUAGUCAGGGAGCCUUGAUUGGGUUUGUUUUCGCUUUCUGUGUCAUAUUUGGAAAACCAGAGGUUCCCCAUGUAACCUAAUGGAAAGGUGCGUUAUCUACCUAGUUCUCAGUGGCAUAAUGCCAUGCCACAGAUCGGUGGUGCCAGAGUGCCACUCGCCUCUUUGGUGGGUUUUAUUGCCAGAUCAUAUUUCUCAAAAUCCAUAUUACCAACCAAAAAUUUAAACACACUGAAUUAGUAAGCAUGCAUUCCAAUACCGAAAACACAUGACAUCAAAAAAAAAAAAAUUAAGAACAUAGUAGCAAAAGGGUCACUUUACCCUUCCUUAGAAAAAAUUUUUAUUACUGUUUAUUUUAUACUCUUUCAGAAAUAUCACACAAUUUAUAAGCAAGUAUGUGAAUAUAUAUAUAUUCUGUUUAAUGCAAAUGAUGGCAUACUAAAAAAUAGACACUUGCCAUACUUUUGCUUUUUUCAUUCAGUAAUAUAUCUUUGAGAACAUUCAUUUUAGUAAAAUGAUUUUUAAUAACUGAUUUCAAAGUAAGAUUCACACAUCAGGACAACAGAGUUUGCUUUCAUAUAUAAUUGUUUUAUAGUUAUCAUUAAUUGAAUUGUUUUUGUGCCCAAAACUAAAAAAACCAAACCCAUUGCCAUUGAGUCGAUUCCGACUCCUUGCGACCCUUUAGAAGAGAGUAGAACUGCCCCAUAGGAUUUCCAAGGCUGUAGAUCUUUACAGAAGGAGACUGUCACAUUUUUCUCCUGUGGAGCAGCUGGUGGAUUUGAACUGCUGACCUUCCAGUUAGCAGCCGAGUGCUUAACCACUGCACCACCAGGGCUCCUUUGUGUGCAGAGCGUAUAAUAUUUCCAAUCUUCAUCAACCUUGGAGAUGGAUGACAUUGUCACUUUUUUAAAAGAUGAAAUUGUAACGCUCAGAGUUUAACAUGCCCACGGUCACAAAGCGGAUAAAUGAAAGUCAGUUUUCUUAGUUCAGAGGGCGAUGGGAAUAAUUCUUGUUUUUUCUUUUAACUCAGUCAUCUACAUAUUUAUAAUUCUCAUGAAUUAAAGUAUACCAUUUAGUAAAAAUUAAUUAAAUCAAACUAGUAAAAAACAACUCAAGCCCACUGUACUGACAGCCCUUCAGCAUUUUGGCGUAUGUUCAUGCAUAUUUUUUCCUCAUGUAUGGUUUUUAACAGAAAUGGGAGAUCACAUUGUUGGAGCCCUGGUAGCGCAGUGGUUAAGAGCGUGGCCACUAAUCAAAAGGUUGGGAGUUCAAAUCCAUCAAAUCUCCUCUUUGGAAACUCUGUGGGGCAGUUCUACUCUGUCCAAUUGGGUCAUUAUGAGUCAGAAUCAACUCAACGGCAGUGGGUUUGGUUUUUGGUUUUCUGGAUGACAUUAUGUAUAUAUAAAUUGCCUUCUAAUUUUUUUUUUCCACCUAAUACAUCCUGUACAAACCUCCAUGGCAGUCACUAUAGAUGCAUACAACAUCAUUUUUAUUUUAUUCAUUCAUUCAGAAACUAUGUAUUGAAACUCUGCCAUGUGCCAGGCACUGCCAAGGCACUAGAAAUAUAGAAAUAUAGCAGUGACAAAAUCGUCUGCCUUCAUGGAGCUUACAUUUAAUCAAUGGUGUAAGAACAAUUGGGUUAUACAUAUGGGAAAAAAAGCAAAAUUGUGUUCCUUCUUUAUACUACAAGCAAAAGUAAAUUCCAGGUAAUUUGAAAACAAUAUGAAAUGCAAAACUUUAAUUUUUAGAAGAAUAUAAAGAAGCAUAUCUAUAUCACUUUAAGGUAGGGAAGAAUCUCUUUUCAAAGACCCAAAUGGUAUUAUUUAAAAAGAAAAAAAAAAAAAAAGGCAUUUUAAUACCAUGAUGCAUUUAGUUUUACAUACAAUUUUAAGAAACCAUAAACAAAGUGAAAAGACAAGCCACAGACUAGGAGAAGAUAUUUCCAACACGUUUCAUUGACAAUUAGUAUGUAGAAUCUCUAAAGAACUCCUGCAAAUCAAUAAGCAACAGCCUAAAAGAAAAAUAGGCAAAAAACUUGAACAGCAAAUUCACAGAGAAGGAAACCCAAAUUGCCAGUAAACAUGAAAAGUUCUUUAACCUCACCAGUAAUUAAGGAAAUACAAGUUAAAUGUGAUACAUUUCACAUACAUCAGAUUGACAAAACUUAAGUCCUGCAGUGCAAAGCUUUAGAAAGGAAAUGGGAACUCUGAAGAUAGGAUUGAAAAUGGAUACAACCCUUUUGGCUUUGUCAAUGAGGACUAAAGUUCAAGAUAUGCAAGCAAGGAGUCCUUUGUACAGUUAACAUGCUUAGCUGGUAACUGAAGAGUUAGCAGUUCAGUUCUACCCAGAGGCACCUCAGAAGAAAGGACUCGUGAUCUACUUCCAAAAAAUCAGCCACUGAAAACCCUUAGAGCAUAGUUCUACUCUGACAUACAUGGGCUUGCCAUUAGUCGGACUACGGCAACUGUUGUUGUUUUAAUGAUAAAGCAAUUUCACUUUUAGAUACAUAUAACCUAGAGCAGAAGUCUGGUUACUGUGGUUCACAGGUCAAAUCUUGCUACCCCCCGUUUUUGCAGAGUUUUACUGGAGUACAGCCGUGCCCAUUCAUUUACAUAGCUGCUUCUGCACUACAGCAACAGAGUUCAGUAGUUGUAGCAGAGGCCAUAUGGCCCACAAAACCUGAAAUAUUUACUGUCUGGCCCUUUAUAGAAAAUAUUUGUCAACUCCUGCCCUUGAGUAAUUCUCAUGUGCACAAGGAGACGUGCAAGUAUUUUUCAACUCAGACUUGUUAGUAAUAGCAAAUAAUUAGGAACAACCUAUCCGUGGAGCUGACCAUGAACAGAAAAUGGAUAAAUACAUAUAUUUGAACAAUGGAAUAAUAUACUGAAAAAGUGAAUGAACUAAAACUACUGCGUAUAUCCAUAAGGAUUAAUAUGCAAAACAAUGUUGAACAAAAAGCAAGUUGCAGAUGAAUAUGUACAGUACGUAACAUUUCUAUAAAGGUUAAUGUUCACAACAAUACCAUAUAUUGUUAAUGGAUAUGUAUUUGUAGAGAGAAAGGAGGGGAGAAGAAUGGUGACAUUGGAUAGGGGUACAUGUAAUAUUUUAUUUUUUAAUCUGAAGCAACUAUAAAGGUUGAAAUCUUACAAAGCUGGGUGGGUGGUGGGUAUAUAGACAUUUGUUUUUAUUAUCACCAUACCUUUUUGUAUGCUUGCGUUAUUUACAAGAGAUUUAGGGGGAAGGCAUAUUUGAAAGCCCCCUUCAGACGUUGCUACUGCUGCGGCUGCUGUGCUUUAUACACUUCACCUAAGAACCCAGCACAGUUACCGAACCUCCCACACCUGAAAGGUAGAUUUUCUGUCAUGUUUGUUGUAUUGAGUCCUGGCGACCAACAGGCUUAUCAAACUAGUGGAAGUGAUUUUAUUCCCUCUGGCAGUGAAUGUGCUUAUUUGGCCAUUUUCCUUAGUCUCAGUUCAUCCAGAGCUUAUUUCUGAAGUUGCAAUGGUGCCUGGUGCUGUGGUGACCACAGUGGGAGGCUUGAGGCUUCCCUUUUCCAGUACUGUAAAAUGGGAGCAAGGAGAGGAAACAGUUUUUCAGCUCCUCUGAAAUGACUUUAAACUUAUGGCUCUCAUAAUGGCCACUCUGAUCUUGAACAUUAAAGAGAAUUCCCAAAAUCACUUCUGAAAAUGUCAGAAGUGUUUUUGAUAGAGGAAGCCCAGGAACUAAUAUUCUCUAAAGGCUGGGUUGGUCUCGCAGUUCAUCAGCUUCAAUUACUUGACAUUGGGCAAGCUGACUAUUCAUUGGCCUCACUCUCCUGAGCAGGAAAGCUCAUCUCCAGGCCUGUUUUGAGAAGUGUAAAUAGAGAAAGUAUGUUUACCAGCUGUUCUAGAGUCAUGUUUUCAUACAGCUACUUCUUUACUUUGCUCUAUUAACUCUCUUAGUCUCUUAAUCAUUUUAGAGGAGAAGUUGCCAAGUGCAUUUUCAUCCUUGAUAAUUGCAUGCCAGAAGAAUGAAUGCAGCUCUUAUCCUCUAAAUUGAAGCAUUCCGUUUGUCCAGUUUUAGGAGAAAAGCCUGAACUCUGACUGAGUUAAAAGUUUUUUCUAUAGACAGAUCAUAAAUUAGACUGUGGGUCUAGCAGAGGUUGGGUUAGGUUAUAAGGAUGUAGUAGUUAGGACAGAAUUAAACAAAGAACUCUUCAAUACCUUGAAAAUAAUAAGAGCUUGAUAUUAGUUGAAUUCUUUAAUGUUUGAACUAAAUCGGGGCUCAGGACAUGGACUACAGUCCACUGAAUCAUUUGUGAGAAUAAUAUGCAUUUACUUAGCAAACAUCUAUUGUCUGCUGUGGCUGUAAGGCAUAAUAAUGCUAUUAUAAAGUGUUGGCACCGAAAGGGACCAGAGUGCUCCUAAGCCAAGCCUUGUGUUAUAAUCUAGGGGUUUAAGCCCAGAGAGGGCUCGUGUCUAGAUGAGGUGACGGAUCCACCUAUUUCGAAGUGCCACAUGGACUAGAUGUCAAAGGCUUGCAGUUGCUCAGAUGAACCAAGCAGGGCUUUCGGCUAUGGUUGUGUAGGUUCUUGUCACUUACAUUGUAGUCGUCUUAAAUUUGUGUUUUUAUGUUUAUUAUAACAAUUUUCCAGCAGAUGGCAGUCGAGUAUCUUGAGAAAGAGGCACCUUUUUCUUAUUCACACAGGAGCCCUGGUGUCUGGCAAGAAGAAGGUGAAAAGAAUGAGAAGGUUAAUGGAGCAGGAUGAAGAAGGAAGCAGACUUAGGACCCUGGUUAACUGAAGAAGGUG